AUGGUAGGCAACGGAAUGCUCUUGGGUUCUGCCAUCUCCCUGGCCAAAAGCCUCGGCUUGCAUAGAAAUCCUGUACCCUGGAAUAUCACAGAACAGGAAAAGACUUUCCGUAUCAAUGUAUGGUACUGCCUUGUCAUUCAUGAUCGAUGGACAAGUCUUACGCAUGGGACGCCACCACACAUUCGCCAAACCCAUCAUGACGUCCCCCUUCCCAAGAGGACGUCUCCCGACGAGCCGGGCAGAAUCUUUGAGGUAUUGGCUAGCCUCAGCACCGUCCUUGGUACUUAUUUAGAAGGACUGUAUGCUAUUAGCGAAGGGGCAAAUAUCGCUGCCUUGGCGCGUAACCUCUUGUUUGAUCUAAACACGUGGACUGAUAUGUUGCCCGGGGACAUCAGGCGAAUCCUUGUUAGAGGCUCCGACUUGAAUACACCUGGUACGGCCAAUCUCAGACUGUGUUACCUGGCGCUAAAGUUCUUCAAUCUUCGUCUUGAUCUGAGCGUCGAGGAAGCAGAUAUUCCACUGGGUCAGGCGUCUGGCGAGCGAAUGGUAGAAGCACGUCGAUCAGCAGAAGAUAUUGUGUUGUUUGUGCAGGAACUGUCCAUGAAACAGCUAGGGGACUUUUGGCUACCUACAGCUGCAUUUGUAUUGUCAUCUACAACCACGUUCUUUCUGCGCCUAGCUGUACAGGUGGACUUUCCUGUUUUCGAGUCACCUACACAGAGUCUUUCGCUCUCUCUCGCACGCGAGCUAAUAAACUCUUUACGCUCGCAUAAAGAACUACACGGAUGGGAACUCGGCGAUAUUUGUCUGACUCAGUAUGCGGACGUUGUUGAUAGAUUGUGGGACCAGCAUGUUCCUACGGAGCUGGAUGUGACUUGGCUUGAUUCCGCACCGUUCAUCUCUGACCCAGUUUUCUUCCAUUCUAUCGCUCCUGAUCAGUGGGGUUCUUUAGUUUGGAAUGAGAUGUUUCGUGGAGAACAAAUGGAGAUGAAUACACAGUAA